AUGGCCGCGGCUCGCGCCAUCCUCGUACUCUUAGCAUCCAUGGCCCAAGCCUGGAUGCCGGACGCCAACGCACGCAUCUAUGUGAAAUAUGGCGAUGAAACUCCAGAACAGUUCGUGGGCAACGCGACAGCGCCGGAUCACUUCCGUAUUUUAGACAAGGAUAAUUUAUCCAUUAUAGUGGGCGGCAGGAAUACUGUCUACAAUCUCAGCCUCUACGACUUAUCGGAGAACGUAGAACAGCGCUUAGAAUGGCAAUCGACGGACGCGCACAGGGAAUUAUGCCAGUUGAAAGGCAAAUCAGUUGACGAAUGUCAAAACUUUCCCCGAGUCGCGGCCCGCGCUCACGGCCGCUUGCUCGUGUGCGGCACUAAUGCCUUCAAACCGUUGUGCCGACGGUACGCAAGCCACUCGAUCACUCAUCACCUAGAAGAAUUCGACGGAUCCGGCCGAUGUCCUUACGAUCCGCAGCACAACUCUACUGCUAUCUACGCCGAUGGUCAACUUUACACAGCAACAGCAGCCGACUUCUCUGGAACUGAUCCAUUGAUAUACCGAGAGCCGGUCCGUACAGAACGAUCAGACCUCCGACUACUAAACGACCCAUCAUUCGUUGGCGCAAUCUCUACUACCAGUCAUGUAUAUUUCUUCUACCGCGAAACAGCUGUAGAAUACAUGAAUUGUGGUAAAGCAGUGUACUCUAGAGUGGCAAGAAUAUGUUUAAAUGAUAAAGGUGGUCCUCAUACAUUCAGCGAUCGGUGGACCUCUUUCUUAAAAACACGGCUCAAUUGUUCCAUGCCUGGAGAGUAUCCGUUCUAUUUCGAUGAAAUACAGGCAACCACUGAACUUAUUAGUGGAAUUUAUGGAAGUGGAAGCAGCAGAAAUGAUAUAGUGUACGCAGUUUUCACUACUCCCCAAAAUGCAAUAGGAGGAUCAGCGGUUUGUGCAUUCGCAAUGAGAGAUAUCAUCGAUGCUUUUGAAGGUUCAUUCAAAGGUCAAGAGAGUAUGAAUUCCAAUUGGUUGCCACUUGAAAAAGAGAAAGUGCCAUCACCGCGACCAGGAUCAUGCGUCGAAGACAGUCGAACUUUAUCAGAUUCAGCUGUUAACUUUAUAAAGACCCACCCUUUAAUGAACAAAGCCGUCCCAUCUUUUUUAGCGCGUCCUCUUCUCAUUAGAGUUAGCUUACAAUACAGAUUUUCUGCCAUCGCAGUUCACCCGCAAGUCCAAGCUAUGAAUGGCAACAAAUACGACGUCAUAUACGUAGGUACAGACGAUGGACGAGUGAUCAAAGCUGUCAAUGUAGCCUCUAAUGAAGGCAUAUUUGAUGGAAGCGAUGAAUACAGCAGAAGUCCAGUUAGAACUGCAGUUAUUUCGGAGGUACAAGUAUUGCCUCAAGGAGUAGCAAUCAAUCAAAUGCAUGUUGCAUUAACAACGGAAAAAUUAAUAGUUGCAUCCAGCGACAUUAUAAAAUCUGUAGCAUUGUCUCAUUGCGGAAAUGUGCAAUCAUGCAGAGAUUGCGUAGCGUUACAAGAUCCUCAUUGCGCUUGGGACGCCAAACAACAACAAUGUUCUUGGGUCGGAAAUAGGCAAUUUCCGAACCCCGAAAGAUUUCUACAAAAUGUAGAGUAUGGAAAGACUGAUAUUUGUAAUAAGUUGCCACCUCUCAUGACUGGUGAGAGAAAUAGUAAUAGAAAUCCUGGAACUAAAAAACCAAUUUUAUCCGAAACCGAAAUACGUCAAAAGACGGAUGACAUUCAGAAUGAGAUUUUAAUAGAAGUUGUAGAAUCGAAUGUUUUAACAGAGGAAAAGCAUUUGAAUAAUAAUAAACAUGAAACAGAUUUGCUAACUGUUGAGGCUGCAGACGGAAACAUUUACAGUGCACAAGCCCUACUUACCGCAGUGGUGGCAUCAUGUCUAGUCACUCUAAUGGUCGGAUUUGUAAUAGGAUAUUUAUUUUCAAGAAGAUUCCGGCACCCUUUUUUUACAGAUACCUCGCCGUUCAAUGAGCAACACAAUCAUUUGAACAGAUUGAGUCCUUUGGAGACACCAUUGAACGCGAAUACGACAUACAUGCCGCCGAGAUCCAAAAAUGUUAAUAUGGUUGCGAAUGUUUGCCCUUUGGCUAAACAAGACAAUUUGCACAUGGACCUUGGCAAAGAGCGUACGCUAGAUCUCCGGAACUCCACCGAAUCCCUUGACAAGGACCUUAAGUGUGGAACUUUACAAAAAGUGAAAAAGACUUACAUUUGA